GGCUUUAAGACCAAGCAGAAGGCUCUGCCUACGACAUCCAAGGAAUCACACCCAGUAGAGGCGGAACACCACGAAGUUUUGCCAAUUGCCAUAAACUAAGAAGAAGCAUAAGAAGGAAUGUUCAAAUGUCAGCCAACCAGGAAGAACAAUCAGACGAACUGCUGGCUCUAGCGAGCAUUUAUGAUGAAGAGGAGUUUAACAGGACAGAAUCAAGGCAGAGUGGCAAGAUCCAUCUGUGCCUUGAGCUUCCUCCUAACUUCAGACUGCUAGUCAAGGGGGAGGCAUGCAUAGAGUGUGGUAUAUCCUUUCUACCCCCCUUGGUUCUGAGUUUUGAACUACCUACAGACUACCCUUCAUCAUCGGCUCCAGUAUUUACUCUGAGCUCCAAAUGGCUUUCAAGAGUCCAGAUCACUGCACUUUGCAAGAGACUGGACGAACUUUGGGAAGAGAACAGGGGCAAUGUGAUUCUUUUUACCUGGAUCCAGUUUCUAAAGGAAGAAUCUCUAGAAUUUCUGAACAUCCAGUCUCCACUCGAGAUCCGAACCAUUGGUGGGCAGCCUCAAUAUGAAUCUGGUCAGAACCAAGCAGUAGACACUGCUGUAGAAAAGAGUAAAGUGCAAGAGUUGGACCAACGAGCAGUUCAAGAAGUUGACCCUCACACAGAUAUACUAACCCAGCUGCUGGAUUUUAAUGAAGCUCAGAAGCAGAAGGUGUUUGAUGGCAAGGUUUUUUGCUGUGGAAUCUGCUUCUCUGAGAAUCUGGGUUCCAACUCUUUGCUCUUCAAAGAGUGUCAGCAUGUCUACUGCAAGGCCUGUGUGAAGGAAUACUUUCAGAUCCAGAUUAGAGAAGGCAAAGUCCAGUCCCUUACUUGCCCUGAGCCCGAGUGUAUGUCCAUGGCCUCUCCUGCACAGGUGAAACUUCUCGUGGGCGAAGAUGAAUUUGCCCGUUAUGACCACCUCCUUCUGCAGUCGAGUCUGGACCUAAUGGCAGAUGUUGCUUAUUGUCCACGCAUGAGUUGCUGCAUGGCUGUGAUCAUCGAGCCUGACACCAACAUGGGCAUCUGCCCCUCAUGCCAAUUCGUCUUCUGCACCCUCUGCAAGCGAACAUACCAUGGUCUCUCUAACUGCAAAGAAUAUGAGCUUCGCAGAUUGAGGGAUGAGUACCUCGCUGCCAGUGAAAAGGAGAGGGAAGAACUUGAAAAGAGUUAUGAAAAGCAGCUAAUUCAAUGGGCAGCUGAUGAGUCUUUAACCGAAGACUGGCUGAAGGACAACUCCAAACAGUGCCCUUCCUGUGGCAUUAACAUACAGAAAACAAUGGGUUGCAACAAGAUGACCUGCUCCUCCUGCAAGCAGUAUUUCUGCUGGAUCUGCCUUGCAGUUCUCAGCAUGAGGGAUCCCUACAGCCACUACAGAGACUCUAGCUCUCCGUGCAAUGACCAGGCACAUUCAAAAGCUCCACAACCUGUCCUGCUGCUGUAAUCCCUUUGGCUAGAACUGCAGACAUUGGCACUGAAUAGGCCUUCUCUUGACGUGGGAAGGUUGCGGCAACUAACUCAACCAGUCCAUGUACGUUAACACCACUGCACUGAGCUGUCGUGGUGUACCUGUCCUCGCUGUCAUUCAGAGAGCAACCUAAAUCUACCAAUAACCCAUCUGGCUGAGAGGAACUACGUACAGUAUAAAUGGGUCUUUAAUAGCUCUUUGACAUAAUAGCAGUGCAAUAUACAUGUAUUUUUAUAUACUGAAUAGUUUUCAUGUGUCAUUCAGAACAUGGUGUUUAGAAUGUAUUAUGCACUCUUAUUACUAUGGACACCUUCUUAGUGCCAUAAAUAUUCUUUUUCCAAAGUUUGCAUGCCUGUCACUCAAAAAGUAUUAAAGAUAUUUUAGAUUCUGUUUCU